AUGGGAUCAAACAAAGAGCUGAAAGGAUUGAUGAAAACUGUGAAGAUACAAGACACUAAUAAUUUGCAAGAUGAAAUGAUGGACAUGAUGGAUAUAAGGAGUGAGAUACAAGAAUCUCUUGAACUUGAUGCUUUGGAGGCAGACAUGGGUCAAGAAACUGAGGGUGAAGGGGUACCUUCAUAUACUCAACCUGAUAAUGAGCCCGAUCUAAAUGAAGAACUUAAUAUGCCUUUAGCUCCAAGUGGACAUGCAGUGCCAGUGAAACCAUCAAUCAGAUGA